AUGGCACCCUCGCCGCCAUCCGAAAUCCCCAAUAGCCAAGCUUCAUCGCCUGGACUAGGGUCAUCUUCGAGCGAUGACGCAGACAGCAAUAAUCAGUACAUUGCAGUAGCAGAACUAAUCGGUCCCACCUCCUUGUCUACGACCAACUUGAGCCCUUCUGAAGGCAAUAGAGAGUCUGCUGAUCCCCAUCCUCCCUCCAAGAUACCACCAGAGCCAGCCACGCUUGACUCUGAAAGCUCCUGCGCUGCAGCGACAGUAUCAAAUCCGACUCCGCACCACACUCAUCCCCCGGAAACGCCGCUGCUGCAGCACGCCACUCCCUCAAAACCUCUUUCCACCGGUACAGCGCGCAAUCCACCAUUCCGACCCUCCUCGAUCACCUCCCAUAACCACCCUCACCUAGCCUCCCGCAUAGCUCAACUCACCACAACACUCGACUCCACGCAAACCGCCCUCGCCAGCAUCCUCGCCGAAUUUGAGGCCCUCCCUGAUUUCACCUCAAGUGCAAAAUCAACAUCGACUUCAUCCUCUGCCGCACCACCACCCCAAACCCAACUACGACCCCCCGAUCCCAACCUCACACUAUCACCAAUCCAAACCGCCACCCUCCACCGCGCCCACCGCAUCCUCGACGCCCACGUCCAAGCGCUCUCACGCUACAACGCCGUGCGCGACGCGGGCUUGGCGCUGUUGGGCUUUGUGGCAGAACGCCGCGGCGUUACGGUUGGGAGUGUCAUGGAGGAGAUGGGCGUCGAGGAGGGUGAUUAG